AUGAGAUUGAAAUUUGGUAUCAAAGCCUUCGUCUACGCCUCCAGCGCCUCGGUCAUCCACGACGCAGUCAGUGAUUUAGUCGAAGCCGACGAUACUUAUCCUUUAGUCUUCCUCCCCCAACAAAAAGAACUCUAUUCCCAUUCCAAAGCACUCGGCGACGAACUCGUCCUCGCACACAACGAUCCCACCCACGGCUUUUUAACAACUUGUAUCCGGCCCUCUGGAAUCUUCGGGGAAAAUGAACCCGGCUCCGUAAAAUCUUUCGUCGAAAGAGUCGCUGCGGGAAAACUCAAAAUCCAAAUCGGAAAUGGGAAAAAUCUCUUUGAUUUUACUUACGUGGGAAAUGUCAUCGAUGCUCAUAUUCUAGCUGCGCAGAAAUUAUUUCUUCAUCUUGAGUCUCCGGUUGGAGAUGAAUCGAUGCGUGUUGAUGGUCAAGGAUUCCUCAUCACAAAUGAUGAACAUAUUCCCUUCUGGGAAUUUGUCCGCGCAAUUGGUGAUGCAGCAGGCUAUCCUACUCGCGAGGAAGAUGUGAAGUCGAUACCGAAGAUGGUUGGGCUUUUUAUGGCGAUUCUUGCUGAGUGGAUGGUGUGGAUUUUGUCGUUUGGACGGAAGAAAUCGAGGGUUAAUAGGAUGGGCAUCGCAUACAGGUGCAUGACGAGGACAUAUCGGAUUGAUAAGGCGAAGAAGGCUUUGGGAUAUAAGCCCCGUGUUAGUUUGAAGGAAGCUAUUAGGCGUAGUGGAGGGUCAUUUGCGGUGAAGAAUCAGAAGAAGGAUUGA